GAAAAAAUGGCGGCCAGCGCUCGAGUGCAGAAGCUCCUCCGACGAUAUAAACUAGCGAUAGCCGCCGCGUUAACGAUCCUCCUGGUCCAGGGGCUGGUGGUAUGGAGUCUGAGGAGUCUGGAGGAAGGAGAGGCAGAGAGAAAAACACGGCGGUCUAAACUGCCUGAUAACAACAGCCAGGACCCAAAGAGAGACCCGGCGCUGUGGGACAAACAGAAGUCUCUGUCGGGGAGGAAUAAGGGCCGAUGGAGCCCGAAAUUAGAGAGGACGGGGGGCACUGCGGCCAGCGCGCUGAGGAGAGGGACGAGCCGCAAAGGAGAGAAGUCCAGCAUCCGGCUGAAAUCUCCCCAAGAGCGAGGGAUGACUGGAGCCGGACUGGACGGUGUCGUCCUCCAUGACCUGUCCAGCAGCCGUAACGUCAGCGAGACAAGAGGAGGAGGUGGAGGCAACGACGGGGCGGCUAAGUUACCCGCUGCUGCCGCCAUACUGGGGGAGCCGGGCAGCGUGGACGGAGCGCACCAAGCCCCCAGCAGUGACUUUGUGCCUAAAUGUGACAUCAUGGGGAAGGACGCUCUUUCUGCCCUUCACCGUGCCGGGUCACAGCAGUGCCGCCAGGAGAUCGCCAACAUCGUGUGUCAACAUCAGGCCGGGCAACUCAUGCCAAAAACUCUCCCGCAGUUCUGCCCCCAGAUUGGCGUAAUAAGUCCCGUCCAGACAAUCAUAGAGCUGGACAACAGCUUGUCCUCAGUUUCAAACCCGGUGAGAGUGGCGUUCGUGCUGAUGGUCCACGGUCGAGCUGUGCGUCAGCUCAAACGCCUCAUCAAAGCCAUUUAUCACCGUGACCACUAUUACUACAUCCACGUGGAUAAGCGGUCGGGUUACCUUCAUCGGGAGGUCCUGCAAAUAGCCGAGCAGUACUCGAACAUACGGGCGACGCCCUGGAGGAUGGUCACCAUUUGGGGCGGGGCCAGCCUGCUGAAGGCUUACCUCCACAGCAUGCAGGACCUGCUCUCCAUGCUGGACUGGAAGUGGGACUUUUUCAUCAACCUCAGUGCCACAGAUUUCCCAACGAGGACCAAUGAUGAGCUGGUGUUGUUCCUUUCUCAGCAGAGAGAUAAAAACUUCCUCAAAUCUCACGGGAGAGAAAACGCCCGGUUUAUUAAGAAACAGGGCCUUGACCGUCUCUUCCACGAGUGUGACAACCACAUGUGGCGUCUCGGUGAACGCAGCAUCCCAGAAGGCCUGGAGGUCUCCGGUGGCUCUGAUUGGUUUGCGCUCACCCGCCGCUUUGUGGAGUACGUCAUUAACUCCCAGGAUGCCCUGGUGUCUGGGCUGAAGCAGUUCUAUUCCUACGCUCUGCUCCCUGCUGAGUCCUUCUUCCACACGGUCCUCGGGAACAGUCACAUGUGCGACACUCUGGUCGACAACAACCUGCGUGUCACAAACUGGAACCGUAAACUGGGCUGUAAAUGUCAGUACAAGCACAUCGUGGACUGGUGCGGCUGCUCUCCCAAUGACUUCAAACCACAAGACCUCAUCAGGAUCCAGCAACUGAGCCGUCCAACCUUCUUUGCCCGUAAGUUUGAGUCGUCUGUGAACCAGGAGGCCAUCGACAUCCUGGACACUCACCUGUACGGUCAGUACGCUCCGGGCACCGUCGCCAUCAAGGCGUACUGGGAAAGUCUGUUUGAGCAGUUGGACGGCGUGGGCUCGCUCAGUGACGUCGCUCUCACCGCUUACACGGCUUUCUUUCGCCUCGGCCUCAAACAUCUGGGAACUUCUCAGAGCGGCGUGGAGCCCUGCAGGUUUGAACCGGUGGGCUUCCCCGUCUCAGUGCACCUGUACUUUUAUGACGACCGUUUCCAAGGAUACCUGGUGCGUCAGGAGGUCCAGGAUGUGGGAUCAAAGGUCAGAGAGACGCUGGAGAUGUGGGCGGUGCCUCAGGCGACACUCGUCCUGGAGACCAACCUGAAAGAGUUUGAAAGACUCAAGAACCUGGAAAUCGGCACAGAGUGGGAUCCUAAAGAGAGAAUCUUCCGGAACUUUGGCGGGGUCAUCGGCCCUUUGAGCGAACCUCUGGCCGUCCAGAAGUGGGCUCGCGGUCCGAACCUCACAGCCACCAUCGUCUGGAUCGACCCGGCUCUGGUGGUGGCGGCGUCUUAUGAUAUCACAGUGGAUGUGGAUGCAGAGUACACGCAGUACAAACCGCCGCUGCAGCGCCCCCUGCGGCCUGGCACCUGGACCGUACGCGUCUUAAAACAGUGGGAGCGUGUGGCGGAGGUUCGAUUCCUCAUCAUGCCGUUAACAUUUAAAGAUAAAGAGCCACUCCGCAAAGACGAGGACAGCUGGCUCCACGCCGGUCCCCCAGGUAACCUGUACCUGGAGCAGAGCUUCCAGACGCUGAGCUCCGUGCUGAAGCUUCCUCCUCAGGAGCCGGCGCUGCAGGAGGCGCAGCAGAGGGCCCAGUUGGUGGGUCCAGACCUGGAGAAGUGGGUGGACAGCAGCGUGGGAACCUUCUGGGUCACGGGAGACGUGUGCUCCACACAGACUUCCUCCUGCCCCGCUGUGGGACUCUGCUCCAAAACCUCGUGGAGCUCUUUGUCUCCAGACCCAAAGUCUGAACUGGGAGUUGUGAAGAGUAACGGCAGGAUCAGGUAGCAACAUGAGAGGAGGGAGAGGACUGAAGACACUCGCAGGAGGACUGAGGAGGAGCUCAGAGAGAACCUGUGUGAGUGGUCGACUUGGAGCUGACGGGCACAUGAACAAUGAGACGUCUUCCUGCGCUGAAGCGCUGAGACGUCAGAGAUACGGACUGAGAAACAGGAGGAGAAGACUGCUGGGAAAUUUGCACAUAGAGGUAUGCGAGCGUUGGAGCUAAAUAUUGUUUCUGUUAUAAAGGAAACCAGAGGAAUCGUGAUUAAGGUUGUCAAAAUGAUCUAAACCCUCUGAUCCCAUGUGUUUGAAAGCAGUUCAAUGAGGGCUAUUUUAAAGAUCUAGAGUAAGAAAAAUGACUGAAACUGGAACAUCAGAUUUUUGGUCAGAUAUUCAACUGAAAGCUCUCAUAAAUGGAGGUAAGAGUUGGUCUAAAUUGCACAAAUACAAUGGCAGCAUUAUGGUACUAAAACAUCAACGCCAUAUUUGUGCAUAUCAGACACUCUGAGAGUUUUCUGACAUUUUUGUUUCUCAUUGUUUACCUUUGAAAUGAUUCCAUCUGCAAUCUAAUGAUCAAUAGUGCAAGAUCAGAAGUUUUAAAAAUAAAAACUCCAUCUGUUGGUGCAUAGGAAACAGUGAAUCCCUAAACAACUGCAAGCAAACUCCCUACCACUUUCUGAACUCCACAAAUGUGUUGUAAACAUUCUGUAAUGUCUCCAACAAAUUUGUCUGUACCGGAGUUUGCUAGACAUUUCUGGCCAUUAAAAACAAGAAACUACCAGGAUGGAGGGCUAGUAUUUAUAUUUUUCUUGCACUGGUAUCAAAGAAGGCUCUGAUUUUUACUAGUGUUGUAUGAAAGUGUAAAAAUAUGUUGUUUUGACAACCUUAAUCAUGAUAUUCUGCUGGAUUUUCCGUCUGAGUUUUGAGUCUUCGCAUGUUUGGCUCUGUUCGAGCGCUCCGUUUUCCUGAUUCUUUGAAGGCAUCAGGAAGCAGCCACAGGCUCCUCGCUGUGCUCGAUCUUCAUUUCAGGGGCAAAAUGAGCUUCUGAAUCCUAAUUAUUGUGCUUGUUUUGAAGCAUUUCUAUGUAAAAUAUGACAGACAGAUGAAGUGCACUUUACUGUAAGACUAUGAUGUUACACAGAGGUCACCGAGUUACAGAGUUGGAGUUAAAAAGGUCACAUCACUUCAUUUUAGAGAAGCCUCCGAGGCACAUACCUGCACAGACACAUCACUGAAAACAUGUGACCGCCACCAGAAAAGUGCGGACGGGUCAUAGAUUUAAGGUUUUAAUUCAUUUUAGCUGUUUACAGUGUCAUUUAUGGUUUUAUUUUUGUCUGUUAGUGCCCUGAAAAGUUUUAACGUCUUAAGAGAAGCCACUUUGACUUGUUUUGUGGGUCAUAGGAAGUGCCUGUAGAUCUGCAGAGAGCAAGUUUAGACCUCAAAACCCUCCGAAAUAGACGGCAGAACAAUCUAGAAUCAAGACCUCGAGCUGCAGUUAAAGAGUGCAGCGAGUUAAACCUGCCAGUAAAGACUGUUGGAGUAGUUUAAGCCUUCAGAACGAGUGAACCCUGUGGAAAUAGGUCUGCAGCCAACAAUUACUGUCAUUCACUGGUGUUAGGGCUUCUGUAAUGAGUCUGAAAAAUGCUCACAGGUUGUGCAAAUGCUGGGCAUCUGAUGUUUAAGAAUGCUGCUUUUACAAAAGAUAAAAAGCUGCAGAUUCUGACAGUCAAGAGGCUCAAACAGCAAAUAAUAUGCUGACAUGAAUGCUUAAAAGAUUACCACAAUGGUUCACUGACAACAAUCAGCCACCUAUUUUUACUUUAAUGUUUUGCAGAAUGCUGCAAAUCUAAUUGAGUGAACAAUCGAGCUUGAAUUUUUUGAAUAUUUUCCCUUUUGGCUCCAGAAUUCUCUGAGAUGUCUCAAACCCUGGAGGAUCAGGGAGGAAAAAACUACAAAUCCUUAUUGUGUGCACAUUUUCCUAGACUGCAUGCAUGGUUUAUUAUCUGCACCCAUUACUCUGUCAUCUGUGUUUUUGGAUUUGGAAUCCUUUUACCGUGCCCACCAGGGAAUAAUAGUAUUUGUUGUUGUUCGGUGCAAAAUGUAAAAAAAAAAGCAGGUAAAUACAGCCUCCACACAUGAUUUGCAAUUAUAAUCUAACUGCAUUGUUUUCCCUCGAUAUUUAACCUGAAUAUGCUGUUGUUUUUUAGAUUCCUCAUCUUAUGUAUUUCUCUACAAACAAGCAAUAAAUUAUUCUUCAUAAUAACCAACACAAUAUUUGUGAGAUUAAACUAGACAGACCAAAACUAAAAAGUAGGAAUUUUUUUUCAAACUAUUGUGAAACAAAUUGACCCUUGAAUGUUUGCAUGAUGUGGAGAGCUUUUAACUGAUAUUUAGAAUCGCGUUUGAGGUCAAAGAAAUAUUGCAACUUCUGCAAUGUGAAAAUUGCAGCGGCACAUGUUGUGAUUGGAUCUACAUUCUGGUGAAAUGCCCAUCCCUAGUCGACACUACAACCCAGGUAGCAGUAAUGCUUGUAACUGUUUUCUAACUGCAACAAACGAUGAAGAUGCAGAAACAACAGGACACACAAAGAAGUCACAGCAGAAGCAACUAGGAGAUACGACGAAGCUAAGAGACUCACCAGCUUCUUCUUCUCUUCUAAGUCUGGGCACUAAUUUUAUAAAAGCCUCUAAGCAGAGAGGGUUGAAGACGUCACUGAUUCUAGUAUACUUUAAAGGGGACAUGUUAUGUAAAAAUCACUUUGUCAGGCUUUUCUAACAAAAGCAUGUUCCCUGGCCUGUCCACAAUCCCCCCAAGAAUCAGAGAAAUCCCCCCAUCUCUUUCUCCAC